AUGAAUUCGGCACACCAGACAGUGAGUUAUUUCUUAUCAUCGGUUCUGGAUAUUUUACAUUUCUAUGUAUAUCCGGAGUUAAUUUCAUUACCAGCUGAUAUAGCAAACACAAGAACACCACAUGGACCUGAACAAAGUCAUAAACUAAUCGUUGAUUCCACUUUUAUUGCAGUACCUGAACCUUCUAAUUCAGAAGAACGCAAAGCAUAUUAUCAUGCAAAAAGUUCAACAAAUUAUGCAUUAAAAGUUCAAAUAGCCUGCGAUUUUCACCAUCGAAUUGUCUAUGUGUCCGAAUGCUAUCAUGGAAGUGUACACGAUAUUACAAUCUUAAGCGAGUCAGAUCUAUUAGAACAUGUAAAUGAUUCUGUACAAAUUAUUGCUGACAAAGGAUACAUUGGUGAAGAAAAUGUAGUUACUCCAAGGAAAAAACUUCAUGGACGUGAAUUAACAGAUGAAAACAAAAGUUUUAAUCGCGAGAUUAAUAGUGCAAGAGCAGCUAUUGAAAAUAUUAAUCAACGUCUUAAAACUUAUGCUAUUGUUGGUGGUUUGCAACAGUUAAAACAACGAACAACAACAUUUAAUCAAAUGAUUCAUCAACGUCUUUAUCCAUCACGAUGGACAGCAAGUACAUUAAAUUCUUCACAAAUUCGUCGUACAACUGUUCUACGUUCAAAACAUCUUUCAUCAGCAUUUAAUUAUGGUGAUCAAUCAGAUAAAUAUUUAACUACCAAAAUAAAUGGUUGUGAUCUUGAUAAAGCUCUUGAAAGAUAUAGAAUUUAUGAAAGAAGAUUAAUUGAUAUUAUUCCUCCACAAACAACAACAACAACGAAUGAGAAUUCAAAAAUAAAUGAUAAAUCUUCAAAAUGUGAAAAUUGUUGUUGA